AUUUGUGUACCCAUAGGACGCUGAGAGAUGUAUUAUUUUUGAGUGUAAAUGUUUUUUAAACCUCCUGGUUUUUGAGUCUUUCUGCUGUAAGCAAGGGUAAGAAUACAUCCAGAAAGGAUGAUGCGCUACUGGGGUGAACUCCCAGUUGCAUCCGCCCCUCCAGGCCGGAGCUCCUUUGACCUUUUACAAAGAGAAUUUCGCCAAGUAGAGAUGCAAGACCCUCCGCUGCACCAGCCAUCAGCACAGCGGCCGCGGCCCACCACCAUGCUGGACAUCCCCUCAGAGCCCUGCAGCCUCACCAUCCACACAGUGCAGCUCAGCCAGCACGCCCGGCGCCUCCGCAGCCUCCUCACCGCAGCACAGCUCGGCCAGCAGCCUCUGGCAGCUUUAUCAGACGCGCAGGGCCUGCUGAGACCAGAGGACGGGGAUUCACUGCCCCCACGGCCGGUUACUCCAGCAGUACCUGACGAUCUCUUGCCUCUGGACAGUAAAGCUCCCUGUGAACCCUUCCAGCUCCGGCACAGCGACCCAGAGAGCCACUUCUACAAAGGUGAAGGGGAGCCGGUGACGGAGUUGAGCUGGCCCUCCUGCCGUCAGCUCCUCUACCAGUCGGUUGCUACAGUCUUGGCUCACGCUGGCUUUGAGUCUGCGAACGAGAGCGUGCUGGAGACCCUGACUGACCUGGUUCAUGAGCACUACCUGCGGCUGACCCGGCUCCUCCGGGUGGCGGUGGACCGCGAGGCUCGUCUCGGCUCGACCGCCUUCCCCGACGUGGUGGAGCAGGUCUUUCAUGAGGUGGGCAUUGGAAGCGUGCUUGCCCUGCAGCGCUUCUGGCAAGUCCGCAUCAAAGACUACCACAGCUACAUGCUGCAGGUCAGUAAGGAACUUUCAGAGGAGUAUGAGAGGUUGGUAAACCCUGAGAAGGCUCUGGAAGACUCCAAACCACUGAAGGUUAAAGAAGAACCUGUGAGUGACAUAGCCUUCCCUCAGAGUGAAGAGCCGGAGGCAGACCUGGCCUCGGGUGACCAGGCCCUGCCCAUCGGAGUGCUGGGUACAUCCAAUGAAAGACUUACUGGAGGUCUGGAGGAGGGACACUCCCCUCACACCUCAGCUCCAGCAGGAAACAACUCCCCCUUGUGGCAGCUGUCACAGGUAAAGAUGGAGCCUCAGGACAAUGAGGAGGGCCAGGUGUCGGGUCACGGCGUUCUCAGUGGGGAUGUGUUUGAGGAAGGUCCCAUGUCCACCAUGAGUGAAGCGGGCAUGGCUCCGUCCCCCGGCGGCUCGGACGGCAGCUACGGCUCGCACUCGCCGGACUCGCUGAUGGGCACCUCGCCUUUCAACCAGAGGCCCAAGAAACGAAUGAGGAAAGUGUGAGCGUUUGUGGAGGGACUAAUGGAGUGUCUGGUCUGUUUGUGAUGAGCAUUUCCUUUUGUGAUGUUUUGCGUUUGGUCCAGCAGACAAUGGAUUAUGUGUGUGGAUGUGUGUGUGUGUGCAUGAGAUUGUGGUUAAAUGAGAGUAAUCUCUAGCGAGCGGCUGCUGGUCACUGUUUUACCCACUUACUGUGUUGGCCAAUUACUUGUUUGUCAUGGUAAAAUUUGCAUCUGUUAAUUGUAAUGGAACGAUCCAGGAAUCACAACAUUGGGAGUAAUUAUAGCCUGACGUCUGCUUCAAAACACACAGGGACAUCAAUCAGGGGAUAAUGGCAAAUUAAUUACAGCUUGCAUAAUUCUGCAUAUUAAGGCAGCAAGGCUUUUUGGUACCUGUUAGCAUAUUUCCAGUUUGUCACAGUGGAUGCAGACUAUUGUUUCCAAGCCACCUGCCUAAAAAAAAUUAAACACCACGGAGACUGAAUGAGAAUGUCAAUACCUCUUUCCAGCCUUCCCAAUUAUACCAGCAACAUGUGGUACCAUGCAAUUUUCCAAUUAAUCUGAUAUUAACUUUUGACUGCGACUCAUAAAGAACUCAUAAAACUUGUAAAACUUGUGUAAACAUUUCUGCUAUCUUAUUUUAUCAGCUUGGCAUGUUGUAUAUAUUGGGGAUGCACUGAAUACUUGCUAAAUUAAAUUAUUUGGCUGAAAAUAGACAAUAUAAAAGAGAAUAAAUUAAAAUUGCAUCCAUCUGGCAUUGUAAAAAUGUCCUAUGUUCAAUAAAUAUUUCUAAAUUGUAGUUUUGUAAUUGCUUUUCUAUGAAAGACAAGACUAAAUGAAUUUACUCUAUUUGAUUUAUGCAAUGGUGAAAAAAAAAAAGCUUUGUUAGGUCUUUAUCCAAAUGUUUCAUUUUGUUUGAUUUUGGCCAAACAUGUUUAUUUUGUGCAUCCCCAAUAUGUAAGCUGAGCUAAUGCUCCUGUCAAUAAAAGAGCCAGAGAGCUUAUUUACGUCAGAACAGUCUCUGUUUGUAUGAUAUCAGGCUAAAGUCUAAAGUCCAUCAUCAAGAACCAAAACCAAAAAGAGAAUGAAAAUUCAAUAGCAAGAAAGUAAUGUUUGCUAGUUUGUUUAUAUAGCGAUGCUUUAUGUAUCUAGACUUAUUUUGUAUAAGUACAUAUUGUUUGUUACAUUUAUGUGUAAUGGGUCUAUUUGUGAAGUUAAUUUUUGUAUGUAAAUUUUAUUUUCUAGAGUAAAAAAGACUUUCACAAACUUCUGUUUUUUGCACUGAUAAUUAUUUAUUUAUUUAUUGCUCACAAAACUUAUGCUCUUAUGCAAAUAACACACAGGAUUUGUCCGGUAGAUCCGAGACUAGAAGACUGUUGUCUUUCUGUAGACAAUCCGCUGCUGUCAGACGCAGGCAAAUUUCUCUCCUGGAAACUGUUUAUUUGUGUGAGUAAAUAGCUUCGGUUUAUUUACAGUAAGCUUAGAUUUCCAAUAUUUUCAACAGCUUUGUUAGCAGCAGCGUUUAGUGCUAGUAAAUGCCGCCUGGUAGCACUAGACUGAGGACCCCUGAGUGUUCCUUUAAGCCAGUGUUCGUUUUAACAUGGUAUACACAUGGACUACAGUCUGUUUUGUUUGCCUCUGAACUGCAAAUAAGCUAACGCUGCGGUUAGCGGCUAAUGCUAAUGCUGCUCCAGCUUCAGUGCUGGAGAAACGUCAUUAACUCCCUUUAUAAUAAUGUACUUUAGCGGAGUGGCUUUACUGAUCCUUACAACCUGACUGGUAAAAUUCACACACACAAAAAUAAUACUGUACCUAAUUGCUGUUUUCUUAUUAUUUUCUACUACUACUACUACUACUUUUAAUAAUGUAGUUUAUUUUUCCCCACAAACACCCUGCCCUAAUCAGAGGAUCAUUAGUCAAUUACAGUAUUAAGUCAGACCCAUAAAAUACAGUGAGUAAACAUACUACAACUAAAUAGCACUAAAAAACAGGGGUGUUUAGUCUUAUAUAGUACAUUUACCAGUAUUAACACUGAAUGGUAAACAUUUGAACACUCACAGUGUUAAAUAAAACAAAUGGCUGCAUCCUAGUUGUGUACUACAUAUUAAUACUAU